AUGCCACCAAAAAGUCGCAGUUACCAAGUCUCUGCUACCCCAGUAACCAUGCUUGCACAUUUGAUAGUUGUAGCUGUGGCAACCCUUGUGCUUGUUUGGCUCCUACACUUUGAGGAAGGCUUUGCUUUCAAAUCACUUAACAAAAUCAAGAUUUUGAAUGUGCACACGUUUCUAAUGAUAGUUGGAUUCAUACUUGUAGCAGGAGAAGCUAUUAUGGCAUACAAGACAAUUCCAGCAAAAAGGAAGGUGCAAAAGGCAGUUCACUUAACAUUGCAUCUGAUAGCACUCGUGGCUGGAGUUGUAGGGGUCUAUGCAGCUUUUAAGUUUAAGCAUGAGAUUGAAGAUAAAGAUAUGGUUACCUUACAUUCCUGGCUAGGCAUGAUUACCAUAUGCCUAUUUGGUCUACAGUGGGUGUUAGGUUUCUUCUCUUUUGUGUUCCCUAGAGCAGAAAUGUCAGCAAGAACCUCAUAUAUGCCAUGGCAUGUUUUUGGUGGAACGUUUAUAUUCUUUCUUGCUAUUUGCACAGCCCAGACUGGUCUGAUUCAAAGGUUCUAUAGCUUAAACCAAGAAGGGCUUAUAAUGAACUUCACAGGACUCUUGCUUGUUCUAUUUGCAGUUGGUGUUGGCCUUAGUAGUGUCCUUCCUCGAGGAUACUGAUCAUCAGAUAUAUCCAUCCAAUUUUGAGAUCUCUUCAAUCUCCCUGGCUCCUUUGAUCUAGCCAAAAAAAGAAAAGAGA